AUGAUAAAAGCUAUGAAUAUGGCCAAUUUCACUGAUGCAAACUGUACUAUUCAUCAACUACAAUUAUGUGUGCGAUCAACGAUGGAAAUCGAAGAAUUUCUCUCGUCAGUAAUUACGAAGUGCAAGAAAAUUGCAACUCACUUCAAUCACUCCCUAAUCGCGCAAAAUGAAUUGAAACAAAUUCAAACAGAAAGACUGAACCAAUCAGGACUAAGUAUAAUUCAGGAAUGUUCCACACGAUGGAACGCGACGUAUUAUAUGAUGAAAAGAAUAUUGACAUUAAAAGACUCCUUAGUACUGUAUUCGGGCGCGCAUGAUAUACCAAUUCUUAAUGCUGAUGAAUGGCUCGACUUGAAAAAAGUGUGUUGCAAUACUAAAGCCGUUCGAAGAAAUUACAAAGGAGUUAAGUAG